AUGGAAAUUGAUUUGGCUUAUGAUAGUGGUAUAAAAUUGAAGGAUUCAUAUGAGUUCAUGGCCAGGCAAGUUGGUGGUAGAGAUGCUCUUGGUUACACUAAGCAAGAUCAAAAGAAUUACCAUAAUAGUAAACAGCAAAAAGAACAAAAAUGUGGUGAGGCAAGGAGUUUAUUUAAAUACUUUCAGAAACAAAGGAAAGAAAAUUCUUCCUUUUAUUAUGCAGUACAAUUAGAUGCUUCAAAACUAAUAACAAAUAUUUUUUGGGCGGAUGCGCAAAUGAUUGUUGAUUAUAAGUUAUUUGGUGAUGUAGUUUCUUUUGAUACAACGUAUAGAACUAAUAAGGAGUAUCGACCCCUUGCAAUGUUUGUUGGGUUUAAUCAUCAUAGAGAGUCUACGAUAUUUGGGGCUUUCCUUUUAUAUGAUGAAACUAUUGAUACAUUUCAGUGGUUGUUUGAAGCAUUCUUUGAAGCAAUGUCUGGGAAGAAACCAAAUACAAUUUUUACCGAUCAAAAUCUGGCAAUGGCAAAAGCCAUCUCAUUGGUGAUGUCAAAUACUUAUCAUCGAUUAUGUAAAUGGUAUUUAAUGCAAAAUGCUCUCAAGCGUGUCAACCAUUUAUUACAAUGUGAGGAUGAAUUUAGAAGUGAUCUCGAUGCAUGUUUUAAAAUUUGGGAAGAGAAGGAAGAGUUUCUUGGUGCUUGGGAUGCUAUACUUCAUAAGUACAAUGCUUUUGAUAAUUCUUGGUUUCAAAGUACGCUUGAAGUGAAAGAGAAAUGGGCUAAAGCAUAUGUCAAGAUGUCAUUUUCUGCAAGAAUGACUACAACUCAAUUGAGUGAGAGUAUAAACUCUAAUUUGAAGGAUUAUUUAUAG